CAUGGGUUUGGGCCACGAACGAUUGAACAGGACAAACUCGCUUUCAAAAUAGAAGAUACAUGGCAAUCGAUAGGCAACGACCAGUCCUAAUUAUCACCAUGGUUCGCACCUAUAAUUUUCUCGCCCCUUCUCUCUACCCCAAUACUCUAGUGGAUAUUUCCUUUCCUGAGCCCACUAUCGGUGUUGUGAACGUCUCCCCGGCGGAUCCUGUUGUCCAUAAUUUACCGGUCAAGUAUGGCGAGUACAGCGCACUUGGUGGAGUGAGAAAAAUGGUGAAUGUGGGGAAUAACAAGGUCGUGGUUGCCGACGACAAGUUCCAAAUCUCUACGCUCGAACUCUCUUCCAUUGGUACUGAAGCUCCUCCGCCGCCUAUAAUAACCUCUCAGGAAAGCGUUAAAGCUCGCGCCAAUGAUGUCUGGGCUGGUUUGGUUCCUGUUGAAAACGGGACGGUUUCUGCCCUUACGUCUGGGUUGCUUACGUUCCAUCCAACUUCAGGAAGUAGCUCUUCUUCGCGGUCCGUCCCAUCGCCCCUUGCAUGUCUUGCUUCGACCCAUCUCGCACCUAAUAAAUUCGCCAUGGGGGGUAAAGAGGUUGACGUUUCCAUCUGGGAUGUCGAAAGAACUUUCGCGUCUUCUUCUGACUCACCAAUGGUCGACGCUGGCAAACGUAAGAAAAAUGCUCUUGAACCAGGACAGCUUUGGCAAGCGAAGAACAUGCCUAAUAACUAUUUAAAACUUCGCCCACCGGUUUACCAUCUCGCGUUGAGCUGGCUGAAUAGCCCUGACGCCUUAGUCAGCGGAACGAAGAUGGGAACAGUGAGAAGGUUUGAUACAAGGCAAAGAAAACCCGUCGCAGAUUGGAAAGUUGCCAGAGAAGGUGGGGUCUCAUGUUUGAUGCCCGGAGAGGAAAAUGAGCUCUUCUUUUCUGAUCGUUCGAAUUACUUGGGGGCUCUUGACCUUCGUACAGGGAAGGUAUUAUACAGCUACUCGUCGCUCACAGCUACUCCGCAUCAUCUACUUCCUAUUUCUUCGGAAAACUCUUCUCCCCUCCUCCCGAGUACUAAGCGAAUAGGCUUUGCCUCUGUUUCUUCUGAUGCUUCCAUUCGAUUGCACACUUGUACCACACCGCCUCCUGAAGAUCAAAAAGGAAACUGGGGAAGUGAAGGGAAGAAAGGGGAUAUUGUUGGAAUGGUGGGAGGUAUUGGGCUUGGUGGAGCAAUCUUCCGAGGAUACGAUGAACGAGAGCUCGAGGUGCGCAAAGAAGCGAAGGAAGAUGAUGUCGGCGAAGAUGAGAGCGAUGAUGAGGAAGAGAUGUGGGAGGGGAUGAACGAAGUGGAAGACGCCGGGGAGGGUUCUGAUUCUGACGAGGAUGAUAACGAUAGUGAAGAAGAAGCGCCGAAGAAAAAGAGCAAGCGGUCGAGGCUAUAGAUCAUGAUGCAUUUGUAUACAGAGC